AUCCAAGUAACCUUUCGGAAAGGUUUAUACAAUUUAUUGACAAGUGUCUAGAUGAAUACAAUACGAUUGGUAAUUAUUAUUAUGCGCCAUAUACAACCUUAAUUCAAGCCAGUGGUGUAGGAAAAUCCAAAUUAUUGAUAAAUGUUGCUGAAGAGAUAAUGUCAGUAUAUUGCUGUUUGCGGAAAUCCGAAUCAAGUGGCUAUCCACCCAGAUCGGAUAUUGCCAAAAUGUUAAUAAAAGAGUUUAAUAAUGAACAAGAUGCCAAAACCACCUACCUUGCGUACAUAUGCGCAUGCUUUCAAAAGAUGCAAGAUUUCAGUGGAGAUUGUAAGAAAUGGUUGGAUGAGCAUACCAAUAAAAAUUUGCAAGGGAAUUUUUGGAGAGAUGUUGAAAACAGAAUGAAAAAUAUAAAGGACCAUCUAAUGACAUGUUCUACGGAUAGUGAGACAACUGACUUGGUCGAGAAAUAUUUGGUUAAAAAAAACACAGUAAUAAAACGAGAAGGUCCAGUUAAAUACCUGUUUGCAUUCGAUGAAGCUAGUACACUGGUUGGUAAUAAGGAUGGAAGUAAAAACGUUGGAAAAAUUUCACCGUUCUAUUAUAUUCGACGUGCUUUAAUUCUCUUACCCAAAGGAGCAGGAAUUUUUGCGGUCUUUACGGACACACAUUCAAAUAUUUCGACCUUUUCGCCUGCUUAUUACCUCGAUCCAUCUAAAAGAGUUGCAGAAGAAAAAUUUAAAUUAUUUGCACCAUUUUAUUUGUUAGACACUACGGACAUGAAUGUUAAUCUUAGGGAGGUAAAGACAUUAAAGGAGUCAGAAGAUCCACGACAUUUCUUUCAGUAUGGAAGACCUUUGUGGGGAAUGGAAUCAGAACGUAUUAUCGAAUUGGCCAUGGAUAAGCUUAUUGGCGGAAAAUAUUUUGGUGUUUGGAGGGAAGAAGUACAAAUUAAAAUAUUGGAUACUUUGGCUAUUCUAGGACCCC